AAAGAUCAGAGGGGCAACUUUUCCGCCUUGAAAGUGGCGGGUAUAUGGAACGAGCUGUCAUAGGAGGUGGUACAGGCGGGUACAAUUACAAUGUUUAAAAGACAGUUGGGCAGGUACAUGGUUUAGGAAAGGGAUAUAAGCCAAACAGAGGCCAGCUCGGGUUGGCAUUUCGGACGGCAUGGAUGAGUUGGGCCGAAUGGCCUGUUUCCGCGCAGUAUAACUACAACCAGUCGGCUCUCGGUACCUGGGUCAUCGACCAGAAGAGAGAGACUCUUGGUCCCAGGCGGGAGGUUGCCGAUCCCGAAAAUGAGAGCGGAGUAACAGAGGCAGACGAUCGGGUUGCGAGGAGUGACAGAGCUCGGCGAGGGCGGGAGGCGGCCGCCACAGCCGUCCGUUGGCCUCGAGCUCGCAGCAGCAGCCGCUCGAGCUCCGACCCGUUCGACGACAUGGCGCCGGUGGCCGAGGCCAAGGCCAUGGCUCUGGGCCUGUUAGCCGGGAUCGGGGUGGCCGGCUUGACGCUGGCCGCGAUGGCAUGGUACCGACGAAGGAGAGAGAGGGAAGGCGGCCGCGGCGGAGGCUGGGCCUGGGCGCCCGCCGAGGCCAUCGGCCGCUCCAGGAGACUGCGGCAGGCCGACAUCGCGGACAAGCUGGACGGGCUGAUCCGCGGCCUGGAGGAGCUGAAGAGCGAGGUGAGGAGCCUGAAGGAGACCGUGCCUCGUCUGGAGGAGCGGGUAUGCAGAGAGCUCGGUCAGGCCGGGCCGGCCCGCGGUCCCCGAAAGAGAAGCAGCCCCGGACACACGGCGUCCAGGAAGAGGAAGAAGAGUGAGCGGGGCUCGGACGACGACGGCGGCGAUGGUGCAAAUGUUGCAGCAGCAGGACAAGGUUCCCUGAGCUCCGAGGAGGUGGAGAGUGAAAGAGGUUAUAUCACUGCGCAUACAGAUACAGAAGACGAAUCUGAAGAGGACAAAUUGAAACAUUGCACUGUGAACUCUGUAUUAGAAACUUCAUUGAAAGGUGCACAUGAGGAUAGUCAGACCAGUGAAUUGGAUGCUCUGUUGCAGAAAGCAGAUGAACUGCAUGGUGGUCUCAUGGUGGAGAAAAAAGAAGGGUUCCAGUUACUGGUUGAGAAAAAAGACCAGUUUUGGGACAAGGUGGAAUUUCUAUGGCGAUUAGCAAGGGCAUAUAGCGAUAUGCAUGACACUGCAUCGGAUGUAGAAGACAAAAAAAACUAUGCUAUCAUUGGUAAAGAAUUAGCUUUGGAUGCAGUUAAUCUAGGCCCUCAGAGUGCUGAUAGCCACACGUGGCUUGCAAUUAUUUGUGGCCAUCUUUCGGGGUAUGGAAGUGUACAGACCAAAAUCAAGGAUGGCUUUCUAUUCAAGGAACAUAUAGAUAAAGCAAUCGAACUGAGGCCACAAGAUCCUAAAUUGUAUUAUCUUCUAGGAAGAUGGUGCUAUGCAGCAUCUCAGCUGUCGUGGAUUGAAAGAAAAGUAGCUACAGCCUUGUUUGGAGAGCCACCAAAUUCAACCAUACAAGAUGCAUUGGAAUGUUUUCUCAAGGUAGAGGAAAUACACCCGAGGUAUUCCAAAGCUAACUGUGUUUAUUUGACAAAGUGUUACAAAGAACUUGGACAGAACACUAAUGCACAAAUGUGGUGUGACAUGGCUGUUUCCUUUCCUGAUGCUAUAGAGGAACAAGAAACUCAAGAAGAAUUAGAAAAUCUUCUCUCUGUCCUCAAGCAAUGAAUUUUAUUCCUUUGUAUAAAAUUAUGGAAAUGGCUUAAGCAUUUGAGUAACUGCACUAUAAUUUUUACUUGAGGAAAGGGACACAAGUUGCAUUGAAAACCAGCACUGAGGAUCACUUCUUUUGACGGUCACUGAAUUUUGCUUUGUAGAAUUAUUUAUUGAAUCAUGCUAAAUUUGCUGAUUCUGAACUUAAUCUGGUUAAGGCACAAAACACAAAGUAUCCAUGGUAUAAAAAUUAAUAAUUACAAAAAAUAAUGAAUUAUAUCAAAAAUAAAUUUUUAAUCAGAUUUAUCUCUAUAAUAUCUCUAUAAUAUCUAUAGAGUGUGAGAGAUUGCUGCUUUUUAGUAAUUUACAGAAGCCAUUACUUGCCUUUUACUAUAAAUGUUACUAGAGGUCCAAAGUAAAAAGAGUCUAAACAUUGCUUUUUUUUAUUUUGAUUGACAGAGCAUAAGUAUUGAUUUCAAAAGAAUUACUUUGAUUUACUGUAAUGUAUUAAAAUAUACAAAUAUUUAAUCUUUUUUCCAAAAAUUAAUAAAAAUGUUCAUUGGUUCCAAUGUUUGUUUUCUGUGCUACAAAUAAUUAAACUGCACUGGAGAGAGUAAAAUACAAAUCUUCCACGAAUUGGAAGGUAUCUUUACUGCACAGGUUAGUAAUACAAAUUUUCCCAUCUCCUGCUUGAAAUGAUUGUGAAAUGAGGAAACUUAUUGCUUGUGGGAAGUCAAAUUCAUGAGAAAAUUAAAGAAAAAAUACACCAGAAUAUUCCUUACUUCCAAUGCUAUCUUAUUAACUGCUGUUCAGCAGCUAAGCUCUAAAUGACCAUGCUCUUAGAAUAACUGUCUUGCUGAAAUCCUUGGAUAAGAAUCAGAAGUUCUUUGACUAUUCAUAGUUCCGUUCAUAGACUAGAGGGGAACUGAUGGUUAUGAAGAUCAGGCAGGAAAGUGUUGAGGUCAACAAUCAGAUCAACUAUGAUCUUAUUGAGUAGCAGAACAUGUUCCACAGUCCAUAUGGCCCAAUCUUGCUCUUAUUUCUUGUAUUCUAAGCACCUUAAUAAAUGAUACUGCCAACACAUAAUUGGAAUCAGUGUUGUCAGUUAGAAGUUUUCUCCUCUGAACCUACCUAAGGAUGAUUAAUUCACACCCUUAGGCAUGAAGUCUCAGGUUCAAGAUUUGUACUGAUUGCUGAGGCAAUGCCCAUUCUUAACAUCAAUACCAGCAGGAUCACUUUUUUAAAAAUCCUCCUGACAAAGGUACAAGGAUUUGAUUCUGGGGUACAUUUGACUUUUGUAAAUUUUGGUAAUAGAAGCUUUUAGGAUAGUUUGUAAUGUUGCAGAAUUG